AUCUUUCGUCUUGGAUGAAGAUGGAUGGUAUGGCGUGUGGGUGUUAGCUGGUUAUUACGUUACUGUUAAUUUUAUUUCUGGUCUAUUUAUCUUGGUAUAUUUGCAUUACUCGCAGCUUCCUUAAGCGUUGGAGUAUUUGGAGCUAAAACAAUUCGAGUAUAGAGUUAAUAUACUUGUUAGUUGGUCAUAUUUUAUGAUACUUUUAAACCACGUGGAUUAAGAAUUGACAUUACGUUGUUCCUAAAUCUGCAACAUACUGUGAUUAAAAACUAAACGAAGUCUUAGAACAAAUUAGUAAAACAGACACAAAACAUUAGCAGUCUGCGGAAAAGGCAAGCUAUAUUGCAAAGUCGACUUUUUAUUACAGCUGGCUAACACCAAAACAAUAAAUUAGCUAGGCAGCUAGCAAGCUAACUAGACGUAUUAUAAUAUCCAUUUGUUAUAUGGUAAAUAUAUUGCUAGCUAUAUUUUUUACUCCAUAAAUACAUAAAGCAAAAGAAACACAAUUUGAUAUCUAUUUGAGAAGGCAUAGCUAAUAUUUGUUGCUGCCAAAAAGGCUAAACUAAUUGUAGUUUUCUAGCUAGCUAUAGCUAGCUAAUCAUUUUUGCAUCAUUAACAUAUGACUUCUGGUAGUGGAUUAUUUGUUGAGGUGGAUAGAAAUAUUGAACAAAGUCUGACUUCCCUAACUGUGGAUGGGGACACGUCCACAGAAGGUUCAACCUCACCAGAUUUAAUUUUGUCAAGUGAAGUACCAACAUUGAAUGUUAACGCACCUGCAUUCACUGCAGCUGUAAGCACAAUGACACCUGUCAUUAUCACUAAGAAUGUUGACAUUGGCAAUGAGAGAUGGAAACCCAAUGCAACAAUAAUAGAAGAAAAUAUAAAUAACAUACCAAUAGCAGAGUUGCCCCAGCCAUUCAUUGGAACAGACGGCCUUUAUUAUUGGCCAACAGAAGUUGUGAAUAACUAUGCGCAGCCAGUUGUUGUAGAAACUGUUCAAAAUGGUGGCAAUGCUGUGAAUGGCCAUGAUGGUCAUCUCUACCCUCAGCAACUCACUGGACCAGAACUGGCCAAUCACGCGAUACAGAAUGAUGCUGUUGCGAAGGAUAUACCGCCAGAGGAACUGAAACGUUUGAUUCAGUUGCAAUUUGAGUAUUACUUUUCACGAGAAAACCUUGCGAAUGAUUCUUAUUUGGUUUCUCAAAUGGAUGGCGAUCAGUAUGUGUCAAUUUCAACAGUAGCGAAAUUUAAUCAGGUGCGAAAACUGACUUCGAAUAUGGAUCUCAUAGUGGAAGCUCUUCAAGAGUCGCCCUAUGUGCAGUUAGAUGAAACGAAUCUGAAAGUUCGCGCAAACAUGAAAAGAUGCAUUGUCAUUCUUCGCGAAAUACCAGAAUCAACACCUGUCGAAGAAGUUAAAGCGCUUUUUAUUCACCCUGAUUGCCCAAAGUGGGUCAGUUUCGAGUUCGCACAUAACGAUAGUUGGUACGUCACGUUUGACUGUGAGGAAGAUGCGAAGAAAGCUUAUAAAUAUCUGCGUGAAGAGGUGAAAAACUUCCACGGGAGGCCUUUAAUGGCAAGAAUAAAAGCAAAGACUUUAUUGAGCAGAACUGUAUAUUUACCGAAAAGUGCACCCUCCACCAACAUGACAGUCACAACUCCGACAGAGAGCACAGCACAAUUCACACCGACGCCACAACCUAUCACCACGUUCACAGUACCACCCAACGCUGUCUUUCAUCAGCCACAGACGUUCCCAUUUUAUGCCACUGCGGCACCAGUAAAUGGUAACCCAUUAUUGCCAGGUACCUGGCUGGCGCCACGGCAGUUUAUACCACCGGAGGUUCGUCCCAAAAAUAAUUAUAACAAACACAACGGGCACAUGUCCAAUCGAGUGAGCGGCCAGCGCCCAUUUUAUAGCAGUAAACCUCGACAUCAAUUUCGUGGCGGGUAUAAUAAAGUACCGAUGUACGAUCGUAAUGGAAUCAUAGAUAAUGAUGACAGGCAAACAAGCUCGCAGUUUCGACCACGAAAUGUUAAUGUGAAUAACUUUCGCAAAGACGAUCCUAGAUUUGUGAGAAACGGAAACCCUCCGAAAAAGGAUUACCGAGGUAAUUUGGAAGAAAGUCCACGCUUUCAACGUCUACGCGAGCGUCGGACCAAAGAUGAGCCGUCAAAAUCACCCGAUACAGAGUCCGAUGAUCUUUCGUCAACUAGUGAGCUGACGUUAGACUUGGCGUUGGAAAAUUUCCCAGCAUUGCCAAGUCCUAAUUCACCGAAUGAAAAUAGUAAAUCAGCAUCCUCACUAAAAGAGUUAGCUACGCACGCUUUACAGAUAGCUCAAGAUAAAACAUCCUAUGAUGAAACGUCACCCACCUCUCACAGUGACAUGAGUGAAACGUCUACGGAUGAGCAGAUGUCGACGAGUAGCAUAACGACAGAUGCGUUAUUGAUGACCGUCUCGACAAGCAGCGCUGUCUCUGUUGCGGCGUCGACGAAUGCCCCAAAAAUAAGUUACGCACAAAUGGCACAAAAACCUAACAAAACAUCGCACGCGAAGGAUGUGUUUGAAAACGAUAAAGACUUACCUGAACUCUCCACCGGAGAGGCGACAAAAAAGAACAAUAGUAAAAAUGAUAGUAAAAAUAGUGGAAGCGGAACACCCAAGUCUCAACGGCGUUCCAGUAAAGGUUCCCCAAGAGCUCAGCGAGGUAAAACCAACCAGGACAAUAAAGUGAAUAGUAAACCAGAUAAAAAUAUAGACAAUAAUAGCAGUAACGAUACUGCGGUAGUGACUACGUCCUCUGUGACGGUAAAAGAGACUUAUGCUUCGAAAUUCGGGAAGAACACUGCAACGAAGAGCGCGCCAACAACGCAACGCUCGAAUGGACAAAAAUCUCAAGUUUCUAAUGCAAAUCGAAGUAGUCAAAAAAUAAAUACAACGAACUUACCUCCACCUCGGCCACUCAUGAGCCAAAUAAUAAAACCGCCGGAAGGUAAACUAAACGAAAUAGCGAACCAAGAGCAAAACGUACUGAGCGCCGAAAAUACAAAAAGUAGCGAUGAUGUAUUAGUUGUAUCGGAUGUGUCGACAGAAUCAAAUAAAGAAAAUCUGACCAACUGAUUAUAUUCUGGAUUUUAUCCUGAUUGUUAAUGUCGCUUCGCGUCCACUAAGGAUGAAGAGAAUGCUGUUGCUUUCUUCUUAUUAAUGCUUAGAAAAGUAGUCAAAAAAGUAGAAUGGUUUUACCAUUUUUGAGUUAUGCGGUAUAGUUUAAUGAUACUGGUUUAUCAUCAUUUACUUACCCACUCACGCAUUACCCACAAACAACAACUUGAUCAAUGCUGGUCAACAUAGCACGCAGUUAAAGUUGACGUGAUAAAACUUCUGUUAUACGGAAUCAUAAACUGUAAAUUAGUUGCGUUUUUUUUUUCCUUUUUUUCUUUCUUUGAAAAGUUUAGAUAAGAGUUAAGAUUUAAUUUUCUUCGCUUCUUGGAUCUUCAUAUUAAGCGUUUUUUUCGCGUAGCUUCCAUGUACUUGUUUGCUUGCAGAAGUAGUUUUUACGAAGCUUUUAUUAAGUGCGGUACGCCCACCGUGAGUGGGCGUGUCACGGGUAUGCGCCUAGCACCCCCAAAAUAUAAUUCGUGUUUUCAUAAGAUCGUGUUUUUUAAAGAAAUCGAGUUGUAAAUUAUUUCUAUCAGUUAUAAGUGUAACUUUAUUCAUGUAAUAUUUCUAUAGCAUCCUUUGUUAUUAUGGUGGCCACAGUCCUGGAAUGUUUUGACAUUUUGCAGUAAUUUAACAAAUUUAAACUCAGAUAAAAAAAAAUAGCCAACUGUCCAUCGCCAUACUUUUUUAUUUCAUAAUGUACUAUAUUUUAAUAUACAUUCCCAAGUCAAAAAAAGUCAAUUUUUUUGAAGUGAAAAAUUUAACCUGAAGACACUCCUAUCUGGAGAUUAAUGUUAAAUAGCCAGUUUGUUUUGCUAAGGUUUUCCUUGAAUGUGUGUGGUCACCAUUGUUAUUUCAUUAUCAACAUUUUAGAAAAAAAAUACUUCCUACUCUCACGAUGAAAAAAGAUUAAAAAAAAGCGCCUAGUUUGUUUUGGAAAUACCUUUUACUCGUUAAGUAAUGUUAACCUUCAAAGUAAAUUACACUCUUCGAUUUUUUUUAUUUUUCUCGAGUUGUCUCAGACGCGUACAAAUUAUGAUCUCGAUUAUCGUCCGUUAGCUCCGACGGAAAGCAGAUCCCUCUAGAAAUUGAAUCCUUUUUAUUAUUAUUUUCAUCUGUCGUGAUAGUUCUAGACUUAUUUAGUAUAUUUUAUUGAGCUGUAUAUUAUGUCGAGAAAUUUCUUAUAGAGUUGUUAGUUAAAAUAUUCGUUAACAGUUAUUUCAACUCUAUGGAGAAAGAGGAAAGUUAUUUGCGUGGAAUAUCUGCUUCCAACGAAUUCAACACCGUUCAUACGCUGGGUGUGAACAAUUUGACACGGUUCGCCUAUACGACGUCGGGUGUGAACAAUUUGACACGGUUCGCCCAUAUGACGUCGGGUGUGAACAAUUUGACAUGGUUCGCCCAUAUGACGUGCGUGAACAUGCAACUAGCUUUCUUUUGCUCGUAGUAUAUAUAUUUUAAAGACAGGGAUAAUUUUAACGUCGCUUGGUAUCCUACUUAAUAGCUCUAUCGUUCAAAACCUUUCUUUGCUUUGUAAAAAAAAAACUCUCCAAAAAAAGUUGAUAUAAAAAAACGAAAAACACCA